AUGGUCCUCACCCCAGCAAUCUCUAUGGAUGUACAUGGCAUAUUGGCACAGAUUGUGGGGCGUAGCUGGGGCUCUCCGACUGCGGUGUGUGUGCAAGUGGGCUAUGCUAAAAACUCGAUUGAUUCGCUAACACGAGAAAGGCAACAUUCACACAACAGUGACCAGACAUGGCAUGUAUUACGGUCGGAUAACGGUUCUAGUAUUGUAUUGUUCUCUGCUUAUCGCAUCUUUGUUGGAAGCAAACUGCGCCUAGUAAUUGUUGGUAUAGAGAAGUGUCCGACUGCGGAUCACAGCCGGCAGUGUGAGCUUAGGGGCGAGAUACGGGUUGCUACCGGGCCACACGAGCGUUCCCUCGCCGCAGUCAUCCUGCAUAGACGGCUUCUCCCGGAACAUCACAAGAAGGUCUACAAGCCGGUUGUCUAUGAUGCAGAAAUUGCAUUAUCGUUUCACACGCAGGACAUCACGGUCAGUUUCGUCAACGGGCCUGACGUGUCUCACUCUGUGACUCUUCGUAUUGAAGAAGUCCCUAAAGACAAUGUUUACACAUUUGUUAUGUGCCUUGGGCCCUUGCGAGCCACGAAUGAUCAAUACCCCGGUAGAAUCGUAGAAUGGGUGGAGUUUAAUAGACUUAUGGGGGUUGAGCACAUAUUCGUUUACCUAACCAAUGCAUCCUCCGAAUUACGAGAAGUUCUCAGAUAUUACAAAAACAUGGGUUUAGUGACGGUUCUGAACUGGACGUUGCCUGUCGAAUCAGACAUUCAUAACUUUGGACAAAUGGCUUCGCUGCAUGACUGUCUUUACAGAAACACGGGGGCUUCAAAGUUCUUGGUGAACGUCGAUCUGGACGAGUUCAUAGUUCCACGUGGCGGCUACAGGAGCUGGCGGGACUGGAUCGAAAACGUGCUGCCUGCAGCGGAGUACCAGAUCGGAAGUAGCGUCUUUAGCAGCCGGUCCGACAAGGACACCACUGGCUACUUCAGUAACAUCUCUCAAGUAUACAACACCGUGUCACUGAUACACACAUACCGACGCCUGCAUGUGUUCACAAACUGUGAGAGGACGAAGUACAUAGUUCGCCCGGAGUGUGCACAUAUCCUGGGUAUACACUGCGUGCACGAGUUCGCCCAGUGCGGCGCUGGUCGGUCAGUCGUGUACGCGGACCAAGGCAAGAUUCUAGUUCACCACUACCGGGGCUACAGCACGGACACGGCCAGAGGCGUCAGAGUGCAGGACAAAACCAUGCUCAGGUUCGCCAACGAGCUAGUCAAGCGCAUUGAAAAUGCAUGGGCGAAGAUACAAACAAACCCUAGACAGUAUUAUACUUUACCUAUGAACGAAUUAUGA